AUGACCAAGUGGGGGUCACUGCGAAGCAGAAUUAUAUGGCCAAGCGAGUUCGCUUAUGCCGUGGAGAACGAGGGGCAGGACAACAAAUUUGGACACAGCUAUGUGGUCAAAUAUAACGGGAACGUCGUUCACAACAGAUUCAAGAAAGGGUUAAAUCAGGUGAGCAAACUGAUGAAGGUGACAAAACGGGUGUGUGAACAAAUGGAGGAGCAAAACUACCGCCAAGACGUGGAUUCGUUGGAGGCAGAGCACUUCGGGGGGCGCAUCGGUGGGGACGGCGCGGACCAAAUUAACCAGGCUAAUCAAAUCCUCUUGCGGUUGAAUGAGAAGAAGGAGUUUUUAAAGGAAAGUCUCGGUAAAAUUAACACCAUUGAUGAGAGGUACGACAUUGCUGUGAGGGACGCGUCCGCUCAUUACGCAGUUCGUUUGGACUCCCCCUUCGUGUGCAUCGAGGGGGACCCCUUAGUGGAGGCCCUAAAAAGGGGGCAGCUCGGGGGGGGAGACGAGAAGCGCAAUGGAGCAGUUAAGCAGCUAGGCCGAAGGGGUGAGCAGCGCCGUGGAGAGAAGGUCCCCCAAUUUAGGACCUUCCUGUACAACGCCAAAAUUAUGGAGUGUGACGAAACGCGCAUCGGGGGCAGGGAGUUUAUUUUUUCAGAAGCCAACACGAGCAGCCUGAAGAUUAACACUCUCAUCAACGAGGGGAAGCGCAUAAGACAGGUGCUGUACGAAUAUAAGGAGAACUGUGAGGUAGAAAGCGAGCUGCAAAAUAAUCAGGAUGAGUUCCCACCCUCAGGGAGAAAAGGAAGCAUAGAAGGUACAACACCACCACCCCCAUGUGGGAACGACGAAGUGACCUACGAACGCUUAGGCGUACUUCCAUACAGUGACAUCAUCAUGCUGGAAAAGAGCGAGUUCGACAAGAAGAGUUACGUGGCUGCUUUUUUAACCCCAUUUGUACUCAACGGAAACGUGAAGGGGUUCAUCGAGAAGGUACAGCCCUACAUGGCUUACCAAUUUGAUAGUAAUUUAAUAUUAAAAAAUCUGUGUAAACUGAUUAAGCUCAUGUGUCAUUUGGAAGAAAAGAACAUCCUGCAUGGGAAUAUCAAACCUACCAAUCUGUACAUCGAUAACAGUGGGUUCAACAUCCUUCUCGGAAAUUUUGUUCCGAAACUGAAACUCACAGAUUAUUUUCACUACGUUGUUAAUGGGAGACGAGGACUGCCUAAAUAUAUUUCCCCUGAACUUUUUUCUUACUUGAGAAAAAAAAAAAUCAUGGUGAAAAAGGGAGGCAAGACAAAUAAGCACAUUGAGAAGUACCUUGUGAAGAAUGACAUUUUUUGUUUAGGUCUCUGCUUUUACUACCUCGUGACGAUGAAGGAGGACAUCCUUAACCACGUGGAUGAUCCGUAUGCGUUUCAACAUAAGGUGGAUGGGCUGCAGGCGUGCGUCUCUCGCCCGGAGCUGCUUCUGCUUCUGCGCAGCAUGCUCGCCUACGACCACCGGGAGCGGCCCACCUGGGCGGCGCUGCUGGCCGCGGUGAGGGGUGAGAAGUGA